AUGGUUGAGGACACAAUAAAGGUAUUUAUGGAUGAUUUCUCUAUGGUAGGUGACUCGUUUGAUGACUAUUUGACGCAUUCGGCUGAGAAAGAGUGUAAGUUUGAAUUUGAUGAUGUUUGUCUGAGAGCAUUUAGAGAAUCAAAGGAGAAGAUAACUUCGACACCUAUCAUUAUUUCAUCGGAUUGGGGACAACCAUUUGAAGUGAUGUGUGAUUCUAAUGGGGUGGCGCUUGGUGCAGUGCUAGGACAAAGGCGAGAGAAGAUUCUUCAUCUGAUCUACUAUGCCAGCAAAGCUUUAAAUGUGGCCCAAAAGAACUAUUAUGUGACUGAACAGGAACUCAUUGCUCUGCGUGAAAGAGGAAUUUUGAAAAGGCAAGAACUACCUAUGAACCCAAUAUUGGUGAUCGAGCUUUUUGAUGUUUGGUGUCUUGAUUUCAUGGGUCCAUUUAUGAGUUCGAAUGUGAUGAAGUACAUUCUUGUUGCGGUUGACUAUGUAUCAAAAUGGGUGAAUGCAGUCGUACUUUCAAACAAUGAGGGAAAGAGUGUCACCGAAUUCUUGAAAAAUAAUAUCUUCUCCAGAUUUGGUACACCAAGGGCAAUCAUAAGCGAUAGAGGUUCUCACUUUAGUAAUAAGUUGUUCGAAGAGUUGGUUGAGAAAUAUGGUGUUCGCCACAGCGUAGCAACCCCGUAUCAUACACAGUCAAGUGGGCAAGUUGAAUUGUGGAAUCGUGAGAUAAAGAAAAUUCUUUCAAAGACCGUAAAUACUAACAUAACUGAUUGGUCUAAGAGGCUUGAUGAUGCUCUAUGA